UGGCCAAGGAGGAGGUAAGGCAUGACAAAUAAAUGGCCAAUCAACAGUGGCGCCGUUUAGCGUAAGCGUCACCGAGCACGCGCAGUUUAGCACUCACCACCGCGCGAAAUUUCCAGCACAGGAGGCGUUACCCUAGAGCGCUUCUUAAUCAACCUCCAGCUCGAACAAUAUUCACCGCCCCUCCUCUAACACGCUAGCGCAAGUAUAUUGGAACAGAAUUGGAUUUGCAGCAAGAAAUGGGAAGAACUGCGAGCCACGUAGAAGACGAAGAAACUCACGAUAGCUCUUCCCCUACAGUUGUGUAAUUUCAAAUUUGAGCAGACUACAAAAGAGUUGAUCAGAAGGCAAACGCUUUACGUUCCAAGCAUUCAGAGACGGAGCAACGCAGAAGGAGCAAAAUCAAUGAGAGAUUUCAAAUUUUGAGGGACCUGAUACCCGAAAAUGAUCAAAAAAGGGAUAAAGCUUCGUUUUUGUUGGAGGUUAUACAGUAUAUCCAGUUCUUACAGGAGAAGUUGCAGAUGUAUGAGGGAUCUUGUCAAGGUUGGAGCUCAGAGUCCACAAAGUGUUUGCCGCUGAGAAUUAAUUCUGGGCCAGAUGAAAGCUUCGUUGACCAGACCCAAUUUGAAAGGAACUUUUAUGGUCACGAAGACAAUGUUCACCCAGUCCUGCUAAGUAAUGCGCAGAACUCAGUGGAAUCGGACUUAACUGGAGUUACCUUAUAUAAAUCAGCAGUUAACCCACCCAUGACAACACAAGCCCUUGCUAUGGCCAUGCCUCUGCCAGCAGCUAUAUUUGAGAGUUUGCCUGGCCAGCCCCACCAAGGAUCUUUUACUGAAGCCGACCAAUUGAACUUUUGGCAGGGUAGAUCAUGUGCAGAUGAUUGUUCUGUUCCUGUCUACUCUGCAAAUGGGGAAGAACUGAAGAGUGAGAGUGGUGAAGCUAGUAUCUCAAAUGUCUACUCUCAAGGGUUGUUGAAUUCCUUAAAGUGUUCACUACAAUCGUCAGGGGUCGAUUUGUCCCAAACCAACAUUUCUGUGCAGCUGGAUGUUGGAAAACAAACUACUGGUGGAAAUACCAAUCCCGUAAUCUCUAUCAAGGAUCAAGAGAAUGCCUCCGGUCUCUGCUAUGGAUCUUCUGUAAAUGUUGUUUUUGUUUGUGAGGGAGCAAGAUGUUCUAACAUCCAUUCAAAAGCGUGGAUCACUGUACAUGCUAUGCUCUGUGCUAGGCUUGUAUUCCUGUUCAGAGGUUAUGAAGUAAUCGAUAUUUGUCUGAAUCUGAUUCCACUGUCUUCCAGCAAGCGAGAAAGUAAAUUGGUGGCAGUAGCUAUCGGGAAAUUUUCAUCAACGAUGAUUCUCUGCUUUGGCACGAUUGCGUUGGGUUAAGACGAAGGACAACAUGAUCGACAUAAUAUAUAUGGUCAUCGACAGGUUACUAAUUCGUGUUUCUGCCCAUCAUCUUCCUUAACUUGUUGGAGGCUCAGAGUGAGAUAUGCUUCAUUGUUUCUUGGUUGCUUCUGGAAGGGGUUCUGUGAGGAACAACUAUUCUAACUAUUUUCUAUAUGAAUUGACCAACAUUGAGAAUUUGAGAUGUUAAGAAACUUGAGAUGAUAUGAACAUAGAAGACUACACAAAACAUUCAAACAUACAAA